CCGGGCUCCGCCCCCCGAGUAGGGACCUACAGCGGGCGCGGCGGCGGCGGCGGCCUGGCGCUGGCGGUGUAGACAACCCCCCUUCUUCGCGGGACCCAGACCAGCCGGCCCGUGUUGCCUGGAAUAUCAGAGAAUUGGAAGCCGUCACGUUUGAGGAUCCUGGCCUGCUUUAUGAAGAAAGAUAAUUAAGUAUGCUCCUAGGUACGCUGCCACAAAGUGUACCAAAGAUGCUUCCUAAGGAUUUUAUCGUAUGAAGUCUUUCUGGAUUUCAGCGGGCUUUUUAGAAAUGCAGAUGAAGAGAUGAAGGACAUUGGACAGCAGCUCUGUAGCACACAAGUUGGUGACGGACGCAAUGCCUUGACCAUGUCACCCAAACAGCCUAAUGCUCAUCGAGGGACUCGACCAGAUAGACCAGACGCUCAGACUCUUCUGUAUCAAGGCUCCGAGGCAGAGGCUGCCGCCAUGACUGUUGCUACGUGUGUAAAGUGCAAGAGUGUGCACGAGGUCCCACUUCAGGAUCUGAAAAAGGGCACUGGACAGAGCCAGAAGGAGGACAAAUACGUUUGCUUCAAAUGCAGCCUUGGCUCGGCCGCUCCCCAUUUCCACUUUGUGAACAACAGUCGCAGUGCUACUCAGGUAGGAAAUAAACCGGAAGCCGUCUCAAGUUCUGUCAACCACAAGUUUAAGGUAAGGAACUUCAAGCCAGGCAAAUACUAUUGCGACAAAUGUCGAUUUUCCACAAAGGACCCCCUGCAGUACAAAAAGCACACACUUCAGCAUGAAGAGAUUAAGUUCGUCUGCUCCCACUGCGGCUGCAUUUCCUACACGAAAGGGGAGUUUCAGAGGCACCUGGUGAAGCACACAGGCGUUUUCCCUUACCGGUGUGAGUACUGUGACUAUGGUGCUAUCAGAAACGACUACAUUGUCAAACACAGGAGGAGAGUCCACGAGAAGGCAGGGGCCAAACGGCUGCCCAAAGCCGCUGCCAGGCUGGAGCCAAAAAGGAUCAGCGCCUCCAAGCAAAACCCAGAGCUUUCAAAAGCUUCCAGUCCCAGGACCGCAUUUCAAAAUAAGUUGUCAGAUCAGCUCUCAAGGUUUUCCCUCCAUGCAAGUAAAGACAGGACGCACAGCAUCACGUUGUUACCUGAAUCCAAAGAGUACCAGAAAGACGUGGUGUGCAUCCCACACAAAGGGGCUCUGUCAGAGCCCACUGAGCUCAGCCUGCUGGGGAACAGAAGUGUGGAGGUGGAGGUCUUGUCCCCCUCGAAAGAGCCCGUGCAGCCGGGGAUGCCGUUAACCGUGGUGGCGCCGGCCGAGCUCGUCGUCCCCGCCAACUGUCUAGCCCAGCUGAUGGACGUGAAGGUUGUCAACGGAACGCAGCAGCUCGUGCUCAAACUGUUUCCCCUGGAAGAAACCAACUGCCUUGAUGCCAGUGGAGGCGAUGGAGGUAGCUCUGAACGUGGGUCUAAAGAGAGGGGUGCAAGCGAGCAGGAAAAAAUGGCUUCCGCAGAGCCCAUGCAGUCCCUUGCGAUCGAAGGGAAUAUCGGAAAACUUGGAGGCAUCGGUAGUCUACAGUCAUCAGUUCAGAAGCAACUUAAAAAUGUGAAAUGGGUGAGGUCUUACGAUUUUUUCAUGCCAAAUUCUGGCUGUCACAGCAGCGGAGAAUCCCUGCUCAAGCCGGGGAGAGUUGAGAGUUUGCAGAGAAAAGGUUACCCGUAUCCCCAUAGAGCUGCUCUGCCUUCCAUUGCCUUCAAAGGCCAUUCUCCAUUAUCUCUAGUGAAAAACAGUGUUUUACGUGGUCUUGGAACUUCAUCGAACUCUUUUCCAUAUAAAACUGCCCUUUCUUUUACUGAAGACAGAAGAAACUUACCCAGUGACUCGCAGCAGUUAUUUCCUGUGUCUGCACCGCCUGCAGCCAUUUCCUUCUCUGGAGAAACGGACUCACUGCCCCUAUGUCAGAAUGAUGUGGGCUCUAGGAAUGAGAUCAGCCUUCCUGCAAAAACGGUUGCCCCUCCCAGGAAGCUGCAAGACAGCCAGACACAGGAGCAUAAGGCAGUCUCAAACACAGGCCAGGCUUCCUCUCAACACAGAAGUGAGUAUUUACACAUCAACAUAAUGGGAGAAGACAGAGUCAGAGCCCAACAGUCUGGGGAUAAACCACUGGAAUUAAAGAAUCCCGACCAGACUAAUGACUCCUUCGAUGGCCCGGUCAUCUCCUCAGUCUUUUCUCUGAGCUCUGGAUCUGAAAACGUCCCUGAGGGCGUCAGGUGGAAUAGUUCAACAUCCAAAAUAAAGUCAAUUGAACUCUUGCGCAGAAAGAUAGCCCAGUUAAUCGAAUCCUGUGGCAAGCCUUCAUCUCUGGCUGCAAACGGCGCCCAUCGACAUCCUGUAGGGAAGGCGUCUAAGGUCACUUCAAAAGCCACGCCUGAAUGCAUCCAGGAAAUUAACGUGUCCUUCAGCAGUGCUGGCUGUUCCACGGGCAUGCUCCCCAGACCUCAGGACGCUGGUGGCGUCAGUGGGCAGCUCGGGCACCAGCAGGCGUAUCCAAAGCUUGUCGAAGGCAGCAGCGGGAAAACCGAAAGCAGAGUGACCAAGAAGCCACAUGUGGCUACUCCAGUGUUGAUCCCCAAGGGGGCCGUGUUGAGGGUUCUUAAUUCCUCUGAGGAUUCCCACAUUAUAGAGGCGACCUGCGAAGCACCUGUCAAUAUCCCAUGCAGUGAGACACAGUUAAUAAAGCCCAUUCCGCUCUGCCCAAUGAAACGGACAGACCCGGACGUACAGUUUUUGACUAGUGAAAGUGGACCCAUAGAUAUGUCCCCAAAUCACGAUCUGUCUUUUCGGCCUAAAUCACGAAAAGAGAGUGCCCAUUGCAGCACUGUGCCCAAAAAACCCGGGCCCCUGCAUGGCCCUCAAGGAAGCAGUGAAAUGAGCAAGCAAGCAAAACUGUUUCCCAGAAGUCUUCCCAUCAGUAAAGGUAAACCCAGACAAAUCAGCUCAUCUAAGAAGAAAAGCAAAAUCCAGACUGACCCCAGCCGCUGUUUCAGGGAUCCUUCCAUCUUUCAGGUUGCAAGACAGCUUCGACUGAUUGCAGCUAAACCAGACCAGUUGAUCAAAUGCCCCCGUCGGAACCAGCCCGUCAUUGUGUUAAACCAUCCUGACGUCGACUCACCGGAGGUGUCCAACGUGAUGAAGGUAAUCAACAAGUACAAAGGCAACGUCCUCAAGGUGGUGUUGUCAGAGAGGACUAGGUGUCAGUUAGGCAUGAGGCGGCACCACGUCCGACUGACCUACCAGAACGCGGAGGAAGCCAAUCAGAUCAAAAGGCAAAUGAUGCUGAAAAUGAAACUGAAGAAGGUUCAUAAAAACAACUACCAGGUGGUGGAUUCCUUGCCUGAUGAUUCAUCGCAGUGUAUAUUUAAGUGCUGGUUUUGUGGGCGGCUCUACGAGGACCAGGAAGAGUGGAUGAGUCACGGCCAGCGGCAUUUGAUAGAAGCAACCAGAGACUGGGAUGUUCUUUCUUCCAAGGGCAAAUAAGUGAAAAGCCGGUCUCGGAAGCGCGGUGUUUUUGCUCCCUUUCAGUUGGUCCUGGUUUGGGUGGUUUGGUUUUGUGUCCCUCCCUGACUCAGCGGGGGAAAUAGAGGCUGCAGGGAUGGGAGGGCGGGUCAGUCUUGCGAUCCUCCCAGGAAUGCAGGGAGCCACGCGCCUGAGCCCAAGCCGGGUGCCUGGACCUCAGAAGGGUCUGUGUCCCUGAAGGAGUGUGCACAGAUUCACCUACACGCAUUUGUUCGGGGAGAAGGGAAACUCGGAACAGAUUUCAGUGGGAUCUGAGAUUUCUCUUCAGUCGGCAGCCUUUUUCUGAGUAGAUAACAAAUCUUUCCUUAUCCAUUCAAAGGGGCAAGUUUAGAACGUUUGACACAUGCUCUUUAUAUAACAAAAUGCUACUGAAGAAUUAAACCCAGGUCUCGGUGUGCACAUCCCUUGUUUUUUUUUUUUCCCUUUUUGCGUUAACUUAUCUCCUGAAUACUUGGUACAUAAUGGAGAUUACAUUUUCUACUUCGUUAUCUUAAAUUUGGUUAUAAGAAAGUGGCGUUCUUUUAAAUCCCUCACCCACUCUGCAGUGUUGCUGAGUGUUCACUGUAGCACAGAGAUAUUGUGCUUUUGUUGACCCCUUUAAAGAAUGAUUCCAAAGUUUGGCCUGAGUUUGCAACAACAGCAGAUGUUAGGGGAAGAAUAAAAGAUUUUCAAGCUUUUGCUUUCUUUUUCAAGUACCUUGAUUUAUGACGGUGGGGGAGGGAAUGUGCCUUUUUGGAAGAAGAAAAAAAGAGAAAACAUCUUAAGUUGUCUCCCGUUUGCCCUUAUCAUUCUCCUGAGAGUCGGCUGAGUAAUCCACGUCCGCUGUGAAUGAACAGGCUCCGUUGAACCUGGAUGAAGUUUGGGGAGACAAGUCGAGGACAUAAUGAUAUAAGCCACUCCAGAAAACGAAGACGUGAUGCUGCUCAGCCUUUGGGAUAUUUUUUGAAUCUGUCAGUGUCCGAUUGAGCAGAAAACAAAACAUCACAUAACAUGUUGUAAGCAUUAUUAUAUGUCCUGCAUUAACAGUCUGUGUCUCUGCUGCUCUGACUUUGAAACACGUUAUGUAUAUAGAUAGAGACGUUGGUGUAACUUUUGUUAAAUAAAACAACUGUAAAAUUC